AUGACCACUUACCUGGAGAAGGCAGAAUCCCUGUUGUCGGACGAGUCCCGGUUUGAGAAAGUUGAGCUUACUAUCGACCAGUGGGAGGAGGAGACCCGAAAGAUACUCCGCCGAGUUUGCGAGGGAUCCUUGGAAAAGGAUUUAUACACAGCCGUGAUGCCGGGUGACAACAGCUUCCCUGAAAUGUACGGUCUUCCAAAAGACCACAAGUCCAAUAUUCCUCUCAGACCAGUCGUUGCGGCCUGCGGCUGCCCAGUUACAAACAUCUCCAUAGUCCUCGAACGCAUCCUCAAUCAAUGUCUCCAGUUCGUGCCAGCACACCUGGAGAACACUGUUGAAGCACUCCAGUGUAUGAGGAGCGCGUUUCCCAACCUCAAGGCCCCGCCCGGCACCAUCAUUGUGACUAUGGAUGUGGUGGCCCUUUACCCUAGCAUCCCGAUUAACGAUGGCAUUGCAGCAGUCAUGAGAGUCCUCCGACAACACGAGGGCAGCAUCGAUCUGUUCGGUUUCCGAAUUGGGCAGGUCAAGGAGCUCCUCGCACAUGUGCUGAGCUCCAACUACUUCCGGUUUGGAGCGCAGGUGUACCACCAGAAGGAUGGUGUGGCUAUGGGCAAUAACCUAGCGCCCCCCUUUGCCAUCCUGUACAUGCAUGACCUAGAGAGUUCGCUCUUGCGUAGUGCACCUGCCAGCCCAGUUCUGUACAAGCGCUACAUCGAUGAUGUUUUCAUUGUGUGGAACCUCGGUCCGGAACUUCUGCAGAGUUUCCUAGAUCACUUCAAUAAUGCCGAUCCUAAUAUUAAAUUCACUCACCAAUCCACGGAGUUGACUGGCUCAAUCAAUUUCAUGGACACGACCGUCCAUGGCUCACCAGAUGGAUCUAUAUCCUAUGAACUAUACCGCAAGCCAUGCCACAGCGGACUGGUAUCAGACUACAACUCGUCAGUUCCCAACCAGCAAAAGAAAGCAAUUGCUUCCUCUGAGUUCCUGCGUGCCGUCCGCCUAUCCUCCGAUGCCGACACCCUAAAAAGAAGUGAAGAAAAAGUCUGGAUCAAGCAAGGCGACAUCAUCCUGAUUGACGUCAAGGGUUCUAGAGCAGGCGUCAUUCUGAAGUAUAGCCACGAAGAAGCAAGGAAGCUGAAGGCCUAUGAAGAGUUGCCAGAGACAGCCACGCUCAGCGACAGCGCCCAUUCGCACCAGAUCGGCAGAUGA